CCAACGUGGCUUUCCCAUCUAUAUUCCAAACAAACUCUAGUCCCCAUUCUUCAAUAGCAAACACCAAGUUCGCUACCACCACUCUUGAAGAAUCUGUGUCAAUCUCAACAUAGUAUUCAUCUAUGGCAGCAACAAUGGCAAUGAUGAUCAACUCCAAGUGUCUAAACACAGCCAUAACCAAGUUACAAAACCCAACAACCACUGCAAAACUAACAACAACAACAUGCAAAACCACCACCAUUCAGAACCUACCAAAGGCUCUUACCUCAAUUGACCACACCAACGUUGCUGUCUCACCUUCCAUUGCAAUAGCAGGGGCAAUAUUCUCAUCCCUUGCAACCUCCGACGCUGCUUUCGCUGCUCAACAGAUAGCAGAAAUAGCAGAAGGUGAUAACAGAGGAUUAGCACUGUUGUUGCCAUUGAUUCCAGCCAUAGGGUGGGUUUUGUUCAACAUAUUCCAGCCAGCUUUGAACCAAAUCAACCGUAUGCGUAGCACGAGAGGGGUGAUUGGCGGGCUUGGACUCGGGCUUGGCGGGCUUGCAGUAUCAGGUAUGGUGUCUGAAGCAUCUGCUAGUGAGAUAGGUAUGAUUGCUGAUGCUGCUGCUGCAGGAAGUGACAACAGAGGAACACUUCUGCUGUUUGUGGUUGCACCAGCUAUACUUUGGGUGCUUUACAAUAUUUUGCAGCCUGCUCUUAACCAGAUCAAUAAGAUGAGAUCUGAGUAAAAUAGGAGUGGAUGAUUUUUGUGCAAUGUUUUAUUGUAACACUUGCUUGUAACUUGUACCUAAUGUUCUCUCUUUUUCUAUAUUUUGUGUCAUAUAUCAAACUUGGUUUUCUACUUA